AUGUAUUAUCAACUCCUUAAAGAUACUGAAGCUAAUAUAGAGAACCCUGAAAAAAUCGACAUUCUUCAAGCAAUUCGAUAUCUUAUUUCGGCUUGGAAAAUUGAUGUUACAGAAAAAACCAUUUAUCAUUGUUUUUUACAUUGCAAAAUUCGUACCCCUAUUAAUAAUGAAUUACAAGAUAAUAAUAUAACCAAUAUUUCUGAAGUAAUUAAUAAUCUUCAAGAUCAAAUUCAAAAGCUAACUUACCACAAUCCAAUGGAUGUACAACAAUUAAUUAAUUAUCCGGGAGAAGAAAAAAUUACAGAAAUUCCUACAGAUGAUUCAAUUUUAGAAUUGGCAAAAGAACAAAUAAGAAAAGAAGAUAUUAUAGAAGAAAAUAAUAAUGAAGAUGAUUCAUUUGAAAGACCAAAAAUUUCAAUAAUGAAAGCUCAAGAAACAUUGGAAUUAUUGGAACUUUUUUGGCUUCAGCAGGAUGGCGAUAAUCAUAAGGUUCUUAAGAGUAUUGAUUUUCAAAAAAAAGAAUUACUUUUAUUAAAACAAGCCGGUUUAAUACAAAAAUCACUUAGUGACUAUUUUUAA